AUAGUCAACAUGUGUUCCUCUUGUUUUCUAGUGAACCUGCAGAAGCCCAAUAUUUCUCUCAGUGGAUUGUUUGACUUUGGUCAUCAGGGUUCAGUGAUCACCAGAGGUCACAGCUUCACUAUUACUUGUUCAUCUGAAUCUCAGUAUUCUGGAGGCUUCUUCUCUCUGUUCAGUGGAUCAAACAUCAUCAGUAGUGAACCAGCUGUCAAUCACUCAGCCGUCUUCAUCUUUCCUGAGGCAGAUUAUUCACAUGAGGGAAACUACAGUUGUGUUUAUGAAGUGAUUGUGUCCUCACGUAAAUUUGAUUCAGAUGUAUCUGACCUGCUGCUCAUCACUAUCAGAGUGAACCUGCAGAAGCCCAACAUUUCUCUCAGUGGAUUAUUUGACUUUGGUCAUCAGGGUUCAGUGGUCGCCAGAGGUCACAGUUUCACUAUUACUUGUUCAUCUGAGUCUCAGUAUUCUGGAGGCUUCUUCUCUCUGUUCAGUGGAUCAAACAUCAUCAGUCGUGAACCAGCUGUCAGUCACUCAGCCGUCUUCAUCUUUCCUGACGCAGAUUAUUCACAUGAGGGAAACUACAGUUGUGUUUAUGAAGUGUUUGUCUCCUCACGUAACUUUCGUUCAGUUUCCUCUAACCAGCUGCUCAUCACUAUUAGAGCCUCCAUGGGUCCUGUCAUUGCUGCUUUGGUGUCAGCUGUACUUCUCAUAUUCACUGCUCUCAUAAUGAUUUUACUGAUGAAAACAAGACAGAACCACAAGAAAAAAACUCACAAGGUGCGCUUCAUACAAGAUAAUAUGCACUCACACGCAGUAAAUGAAGACAGAUAUGAAGAGGAUGAUGAAGAUGACUACGUGAAUGCUAAAUGUUUUGAUGAGGCAGAUUAUGUAAAUAUAAACGUUGUUGAACCCGAUGCGUCCUCGGAUGAAUCUGAGAGAGAUUAUGUUAAUAUCAAUACACAAAGAAAUGCUGUUGACGAUACAAAAAACAGAUACUAAAGAAACUAAACAUUAACACUGUGCAAAAAUGUAUGUAAUAUCUGGUCAAAUAUCUGGCUGAGAUACAACCAUUAGAAUCUAAAGGUGCAAAAAAUUUAAAUAUUCAGAAAAUCGCCUUUAAAGUUGUCCAAAUUAAAUUCUUAACAACACACAUUACUAAAAGUUAAUACAAUUUACAAAAUGUCUUAACAUAUAUGAUAAUUUUGACCCAUACAGUGUAUUGUUAGCUAUUGCUACAAAAUACCCGUGAGACUUUGGUUUUGUGGUGCUGGGUCACAUGUG